AUGCCCGAUGUGCUUCUCAAGGAGCUCACCCCAGAGGUGAUGGAAUGCACAGCUCAAACUCUCGGAGAGCAAGGUGCUUCAGCAUCUGACCAGGCAGGCAGACUCACUCAGAAGUCAAAGGGCACAUCACAGGCAACCAAGACUGCCAAAACAAAUGCUGUGAAGAAGAAGAACAAUGUCCCUAAAUCUGAGGGGGAAGUUUCAACCAAAAGUGCGCAGCGCUAUUCCCACCCGAGAAAACCCAAAGAAGGCGUAUCAACAUCUAAACAGGCAGGCAGAGUCACUCAGAAGUCAAAGGGCCCAUCACAGGCCACCAAGACAGACAAAACCUGUGAUGUGGUUAGCAGAAGUCUGAAUACUCUGCAGACCUCUAGGAAUGUCAUUCCUCUGAGCAAAACUAAAUCUGCCCUGGAACAAAAGAAGCCACCAUGGUUACCAUUUUACAAAGGGGUUAAGGAGACCUGCAUUGGUGAGAAGAAGAAAACUGUCCGUAAAUCUAAGGAGGGAGCUUCAACCAAACCUGCGCAGCACUAUGCCCACCCGAGAAAACCCAAAGAAUGCGCAUCAGCAUCUGAAAGUUCAGAGGUGUUGCCAGAGGAGGUGAAGUUUGCUUCUAAUACAGAUGAAACUGAUUUUGCCAGGGUGGAUCCAACACCAACCAUCCUGCGAAUUCAAGUCUCACCCCACAUAGCAGAAGAGAGUGAGGAGUCCGAAGCUGGAGGACAGCCAACAAAGAGCCCCAUGGAUCCAGAUUCUGUCAAAACAGACAGUGAGGAUGAAAGAUUCUCCUCUUACAAGGGGGUUCAGGAGACCUCCAUUGGUGAGAAGAAGCAAAAUGUCCCUCAAUCUGAGGAGGAAGCGUCAACCAAACCUGUGCAGAGCUAUGCCCACCCAGGAAAACCCAAAGAAUGUACAUCAGCAUCUGAAAGUUCAGAGGUGUUGCCAGAGGAGGUGAAGUUUGCUUCUAAUACAGAUGAAACUGAUUUUGCCAGGGUGGAUUCAACACCAACCAUCCUGCGAAUUCAAGUCUCACCCCACAUAGCAGAAGAGAGUGAGGAGUCCGAACCUGAAGGACAGCCAACAAAGAGCCCCAUGGAUCCAGAUUCUGUCAAAAAAGACAGUGAGGAUGAAAGACAAGCUUCAACCAAACCUGACCAGUGCCUGGAAGAAGCUAAAGAAGCCAAACCACAUGAAGCAGCAGCAGACGUAGUACUUGACCUUGAACAUUUGGAUAUUGCUGCCAUCAUAACAAGAUUCUUCCAAAGUCUCAGUGACGAGUAAGUUAUCAUUGAUCGUGUCUUAUGUAAAACUUAUAAUAUACACUUGGAACUAUUAUUGGCAUCUGUGUGCAUGAACAUCUGUGUCUAACCCUGUGUUUUUGUAUUUUCAGGCAAUGUAGAGAAGUCUGUGAAGGAGUGUUCAACAUUCCUGGGAAGGAGCAGCUGGUCAAGAUGUGCACUGAUGUCCUGCAGUACAGCGCAGACUCAGUCAUCAGACAGAGUGAUUUUGACAGGGUCUUCAAACAAGUUUUCCUUGAUGCUCUUGGUGUUGACACCCAAGUAACGAUUUCACCAGAAUUAGACAAAGCAGUAGCAGCAGAGGUCCUCCAAGAAGUGAACACUGUCCCGUUUCAAGCUCCACUGGCAGAGAACCUCUGUGACACUUCUCCAGCCAGUAGCAAGUUGUCAACAAACAAAACGACUUUGGCCUUGGCUAUUGCAACCAUGCGGUCCACCCUCACGGGCCGAGCCAUGGCCAUCAAAAUGAAGACAUAUAAGAAGAGUUCAGAGAUUCACCCAGAAGAAGACAGUACGGCCAGAGAUGAACACAUCCCGAAGAAGGCAAGCAUUUGGAAACGUCAGCAACCUCUUCAAAAAGGUAAGUACAUGUUCAUUUGUUCAUUUAUUCAUUUGUCGAGUUUCAUGAAAAAGCCAUUUUUAUACAGCCAAUGUUAUCACGAUGGCGGCUGCGUGACAAACUAUGUUAGUCAAAGUAAAUUUAGAUCAGCUUCUUGUUAGUCUUAAAACAUCACCAAACUAUUUUUUGUCUUAGCCUUAUGCACAUCGUCUUUCUUAUAUGUGUCUCUGUUCACCUCUGGACUUUUGUGCUAACAAUUUUUCUUCAUCACCUUCACAGAAACGAAACUGAGGAAAGGACAAGGACAAUGAGAAAAACAGCUCACAGCUAGAAGGUCCUGGGUUCAAAUCUGGGUCAGGGUGUUUUUGUGUGGAGUUUUCAUGUUCUCCCUGUGCCGUAUGGGUUUACUCCGGGUGCUCCGGUUUCCUCCCACAGGUUAAUUAGGUUAAUUAGCCACUUUAAAAAAAAAACAAAAAACAAAACAAAAAGAAAACAAAAAAAAUUAUGCAUAUAUAUACAUAUGUGUAUAUAUAUAUAUAUAUAUAUAUAUAUAUAUAUAUAUAUAUAUAUAUACAUAUGUAUAUCCCCUCCUCGAGCUACCACCUUACCGUGGUGGAGGGGUUUGUGUGUCCCAAUGAUCCCUGGAGCUUUAUGCCUCUGGAGGGUCACCCAUGGCAAACAGGUCCUGGGGGAGGGAUCAGACUAAAGGUAGCUCAAACAGACUCCUUAUGAUGGACAAAUAUUUGGCACCGAGUUUCUCUCGCCCGAAGAAGUUCCAGCUAGAUAUAAUUGGACUCACCUCGACACCUGGUGUGGGCUCUGGAACCAGACCCCUCGAGAGGGGCUGGACUCUCUUCUUCUCUGGAGUUGCCACUGGUGAGAGGCGCCGGGCAGGGGUGGCAAUACUUAUUGCUCCUUAGCUCUGUGUCUGUGUGUUGGGGUUUACCCCGGUGGAUGAGAGGGUAGCCUCCCUCUGCCUUCAGGUGGGGGGACGGAUCCUAACUGUUGUUUGUACCUAUGCUCCAAACAGCAGCUCAGAGUGUCCACCUUUCUUGGAGUCCUUGGAAGGGGUGCUGGAGAGUGCUCCUUCGGAGGACUCCCUUGUGCUGCUGGGGGACCUCAACGCCCACAUUGCCAACGACAGUGAUACCCAGAAGGGCGUGAUUGGGAGGAACGGCCCCCCUGAUCUGAACCUGAGUGUUGCUUUGUUAUUGGAUUUCUGUGCUCAUCACAGACUGUUGUUGUGGAAAAUCCAGCAUAAACUUAGUAAAACAAUGCACAAGAGACAGGAUAAGAUCUGAAGAACAGCCUGGGCGUCUUUUAUUGUACAGAUGUAGAAAUCAGUACAGAUGACAAACAGAGUCUUGACCAAAUCCGAGGAAAGCCUCCUUAGCUUUUUCUUUAACUCCCUUUUAUACUGUUAGGUGCGUGCGUGCGUGCGUGCGUGAGUAUUCCGUCAUCAUGGGUAUGUCAAAUCAAUUCUCCAAAAGGCUGCCCAUGAUGACAUGUCUGACCCUCAACACUUUGUUAAGACUAAUCUUAACUCUCGCAGAGAUUAAAUGUUCAGAUAGACAGAUAGAUUUGGCUCCUGCGAGACAGCCUUGCUUACAACCUCAGGGUCAUGAGACUGCAUGAGCAGGCCAAACUAGACUAUUUGUACAACCUUUCUUAGCAUUAUGAGUCAUUGUUUUUAUUAAUUACGUAUAAAAAAAUGGAAAACAACCACAAAACUCUAACGGUCCUGAAAUACAUAAAAAUUUCAGGCUUUUUUAUAAACAAUUUCUUUUCUUUUCAGGGUAAUUUCAAAGCUGGUUUCAUGAUUUUGAUCCUUUACCUCUUGAAGACAUUAAAUACAGGUGCAUCUCCAUAAAUUAUAAUAUAAUCAAAAAGUUUUCUUUUUGUUAUUCAGUUAAGAACGUGAAACUAGUGUAUAAUAUGGAUUUAUCACCAGACCGAUAUACUUUAACUUAAAAUAUAUCGGUCUGGUGAUAAAUCCAUAUUCCAUAUUCAGCAUGUCACAGCACAUGGUUGAUGGCUACAACCAUGUGCUGUGACAUGCUGAACUAAAACAUGGUUUGUAGUGUAUUUCAGCGUCCUUUAUGCUAUGCUAGCACGCUCGUUAACCCUGAGCUGGCACCUGAAUUCUUACUUAGUUUGAAGCUAAUCCCUCCUGAAAAUGCUAACUAGCAGUGUUGCUGUUAGCUUAGCGCUGGCAUUCUCUGUAGCUGCUUCUAUCGCCACUUUUGGCAGCUGUUUGUGUCAGGAAUGCUAAUCAGUUAGCAAGCUAGAACCUAAAGUCUUUGUUUGAAGCUAAUCCCUCUGCAAAUGCUAACCAGCGGUGUUGCUGUUAGCCUAUGACUGGUUUUCUCUGUAGCUGCUUCUUUGCCAACUGUUAGUGUCGUGAAUGCUAAUCAGUUAGCAAGCUGGCACCUAAAGUCCUACUUUGUUUGAAGCUAGUCCCCCUGAAAAGGCUAACUGGCUGUGUGCUGUUAGCUUAGCGCUGGUAUUCUCUGUAGCUGCUUCUAUCGCCUCUUUUGGCAGCUGUUUGUGUCAGGAAUGCUAAUCAGUUAGAAAGCUGGCACCUGAAUUCUUAUGUUAUCAGGGCUGCCAAGUUUCAGAAAAUGACAAGAGUGAGACUUCAGAGUUAUGAUGUGUUCGGCCGCUCUUAUGAGAAUUUUCUUCAGCCUUUAGGGUGGUGGAGCUCUGUCACUCAGAUACCAGGGAUACGUUGGUGUUCGAUUCCUGGAGCCGGGGGCCUCCGACAAUCAUCCUCAACAAAAAACCUUGUACACAUUUUUGACAUCACUCAGGUUCCCAAAAUACGUUAUGCUAUGGUGUUCCCCUAUAUGGGCUCUCCGUAUGUUCAACUAAGGCUUCGUAAAAUACGUUGUCCUUUGCUCUUACCCUACAUGGACUCUUCUUCAGGUCAACUAGAUGCCAGCAGAAUGCUUGGAAACUUGGACGACUAUAAAUACUCGAACAGUCUCAGACCAAUCUUUGUUACACUUGUGACCUGAUGAAGCUGUAACCCAGAUCUGCAAACGGCAAAGCUUGUCAAGCUGACCGUUCAUGUGGACCUUCCAUUCUUUCAAGUGUGAGCCUGGGCGAGGCAUCCUUACAGCUGCCGAAACAAAACAGCCUUUUUUAAUGUCGAUUUAUACCGUAAGACUGAUGUCCUCACCUCCACGCCAGCUGCUCUCCCUGCACUGUGGCCUCCUAAUGCUUGUCUCAGUUAACCAGAAAUUAGAAAUUACAAAGUAGGUUUUAAAUGUCGGCGCCGUUGUGUGUAAAAGAUAGUUAGAGACGCCAAGACCUGCCUUACAUUGCUUCUGAUUGGUUUAUGUUGCGUGGUGCCUUCUGUGGUUGGUUAGAUUUAGGCACAAAAGACUGAUGGAUCGGUCUGAGAUUGGUUAUCUCGGUCAGUCAAUCAGAGUUUCCAUCCCAAAAACAUGCAGAAGUGGGGUUUGGUUAAUUGGCCACUUUCAAAUUGCCCGUAGGUGUAAAUGUGAGCGUGGAUGGUUGUUUGUCUCUACAUGUCAGCCCUGAGAUGAACUGGCGACUUGUCCAGGGUGUCCCCUGCCUUUGCCAGAAGAUGCUGGGAUAGGCUCCAGCCCCCCUGCGACCCCAGGAACAGGAAUAAGCGGUAGAAAAUGGAUGGAUGUAUGAAUGGGGAAAUAUAAGCGUGAGAAAUGUCAAGUGUGGCGUGUGGUGUAAGAAUGGGUCUAAUUGCUUGGCAGCUCUGCAUUAUUUCCAAACUAGCUCCCUUGGUUUCCAGGUCUUUUGCUAAUAAGUUGCAUUUCUGUUAGCCUAGCCACCAAUAGCAAUAUUAUUCCUGAUCAGUCAAAGCCUUUGAUUAGCCUUUAAAGAGGCAGUAUCAUGCCUUUCCACAUUUACAACAAAAACAACAAAGUUUGGUGUCCAGGCUAGAUUUAUGCAAAGUUUUAAAUCCCGAGGUAAACGUAUGUUGUCAUAAUCUGAGAAAAUAGACUCAAGAGACUGUCAGCGAUGAGAUUGAUGAUUUUUUAUCAUAAUUCUUCAUCCCUGAAACUCGUGAGACAGAAGUGCAGCCGAGCAACCGAAGAAAUCACCCUGUUUUCAAAUUCAGAGCUAAAGAUAAAUCAGACUGUCAAGAGUCAGUAGGCUGACUGUUUUUUAGACCAGUCAAGCAUGUGGAGGAUAAGAUUAGCAAAGACUGGUUUGUUCACAGGAGGCCCCAAAGGUGACGCAAACUGAAACUUCCCCACUGGAGCUUUAAAUGAUGUUUUUCUUUUUUUAAUGCCUUUAUUCAGAGAGGGAAGAAGAUUAACCAGGAAGACAGAAGACAGAGAUCGGAAGAAGCUGAGAACCUGGGCGGCUCCAUGAACUGUGUAAGAAAGAAUCAGUGUUUUAGGGCUGCAUUUCUUUGUUUUAUAGAAAUGUCAUGGUGGCCGGGAAGUGUCAGGCGAUCUGCAAAUUCAAAACACUUAUCUGUGGUGGAGUCUUAUUCUUUUAUUUACUUAUUUAUUUAUGUACUUUGUGGGGGGAUACUGUGUGUGGCAUAAAUCAGCUGUAUGAUCACCGACGAUAACUUGCUAAGGCUAAUACUCAGCGCGCACUCUCUGCCGUGUGCCCGAGUAUGUUUACUGAUACAUUUGAGUCCGAGGUAGAGCCAUAUAAGAAAAAAACUAAUUUUUUAAGGUGUUGUGGCUUUGAUUUAGCCAUGGCGGUCAAUUGCAUGUAGAAAAAACCCUGUAUAUAGAAGACUAGAUACGCCAGCCCGCCGUAGAAGUCCACAAGGCGACGUGUCUACAACAAUCCCAUUUAAAGCAUUAGACGUCGCUGCAUGGAAAGUCAAUCACAUCUCACUCAUUUCUUAGCAGAUUUUCAUGCAGUUUAUCUUAUUUUCAACACCAAAUCAUGCGCUGUCAAUACAGAAUUUAGGAUUUUUUUUUAAUUUCAUGAUUUCUGAUUCCGCUGCGAGAUCAAUUCCAGUGUUGUUAUUUGCGUUUGUGUCUUUUUCUUUUGCAGAGCGUUUUGAAUAUGUAUGACACUUCCCGGCCACUAUGAAAUGUUAAUAAAUAUAUGGAGUUCUGGACAAAACUCCAGGCCAGAAAUGAUCCUUUUAGAAAACAGGUGAUCGAUUUUAACAUCUUACAGACCAGAGCCUUGAUACGUUUAUUGAUAAUCGGAUUGAUUAAUAAUUAUAACAAGGUUUAAUUAGUGUGUUUGAUUCAUGAAAGUAUAUUUUUGCCACUUGUUUAAUUCGCUUUAACACACGUGGAAGUCUACAGACGUCUUUGUAGAAUUUAAAGAAAGGGAUGGACUAAAUUUGACUGAUGAGUCGUUUUAAUUAGAGGAGCGUCCAUGUGAGUGUUCGGGGACAUAAGUGGAAUUCUCAGAGGACACACAGUCUGUGUCUGUAUCUAUGAAUAUUUAGUUAAAUGAGACAUUAAUGAGGCUCAUGUUACAAAUAUGAUGAACUGAGAAUCAACAAAAUAAGAGCCCUGCUGUGUCCUCACUUGGACCAGAGCGCCAUAAAAAAGUGCUGAGGGCUCAUUUGACCUGAAAGCUAAUUAAUGUGUCGCUUACAUGUGUUGGCUAAUGAUCUUAAGUCCGAUUUUUAAUGUGCCAACUAUGAAGUGAACACAUUACACUCCUUAAUUAGCAUGGGCCCUCAUGAGAACCUAUGCCAUGCAUUUAUUCAUGCAUUAAUUCAUGCUGAGGCUUGCGUUUAAUAAUGCAUAAUUUACAGAUAAGUCACGUAAGCUCGUAUUAAAGUCUGACUUUAUUUUAUGGAUCAUGUUCAUCAGAGUGUGAAAGUCAAGGAGCAGCGGUCAGUUUUUAGUGCGCUCUGUCUUUGAAAGCCGGAUUUAAUUGGAGGUCAGACGCAUUAGCUAUAAAUAAGGAGAUCACGGCCACAACGCCACGCUGUGAUACUCAUUUAUGUAUUCAGGAUUCAUAAUUUAAGCUGCAACGUGGCAGAAAAGCCUUUGUUUAAGCUUUAGAGAUGAACCCCGCGGAGUAAUUAUCGGUGGAUUCCCACCAACAACACAGAGAGAGAGAGAGAGAAAGGGAGAGAGGGUCAGACGUUAUCCUCUCAAACCAUCUCCACUGUCUUUAUUCCAGUGUUUAAUACUUUAAUACAGUUUUUUAUGGUGUUUAAACAGCUGCAGAAACAGCACCCUACUUUAGAUAACCGUUCAUAAAGAGGUUUUAGUGUUUCAUGUAUUUAAGCGCUCUGUUAUUAUUAUUAUCACCUGAUUUAUUUCUUCACUCCUCCUGCUUUACAGAGUUUGAGGAUUGACUUCAGUCUCCUUCAUGACUGUGCGCCCUGCCCUCUUCACCUGUGCCCGAUCAGCCACACCUGAGCAGACUCUUCUCCUGUGACUGUCAGGUCAUUUUCAGUCCGUGUCUCCAGUCUGGAUAUCUUCUUUGUGACAGUCCUGCCCUCUCUGUGCUCUCCAUCCUGACCUCAUCCGGAGUUUCGCUUGGACUUCAUCUCGGUAAGUUCUUUGUUUUACUUAUUUCGUUUGUCUGGCUGUCCUGUCUCUGCUGCGUUCGUGCCAAAUUUGACGAAAAGUGUCAGUAGAUGUCCAGAAAUUAGGUGGAGUGAUGGCGUCAAGCUAAAACAUCGAAGUAUAACAUCGUAAAAGUGUUUUUUCAAUGGUUAUUUUUGCUUUUGUUAGAGAACAGCUAAAACAUGAGGAGUAGAGAGUGUGAGACGGACAUGUAGCAAAAGGUUGUAGCUGAGAUGUAGAAUCUAGUCUCUGUAGAUCUCACUUAGACUGUUUGGGUUUAAAGUCCCUCUCCGAUCUUUUUUUUUCUACUUCGUGUUCUCAGUGGUCUUUAAAUUGUGAUUAUGAAGUUUUUCGCCAAAAAUCACGUUACCUGUGUCAUUUUCGAGGACUUUCUUUAAAAGUUAAUAUCAUAAUUGGCUUUUUUACAAACAUUGCAAUCUGCUAACGCUCACGUUUGUUCCGGCUUUGGGGGGCGGAGCUUGGGUUUGUGAUGUAGGAAAUCUCUCUGUGUCUGAACCUGCCGUUUGUGCCCGCCACUGUCCCACACUGUUUAUGUCUGUCCUUACUGUUUGUUGAUGUUUGUAAUGUGCAAUGUCGUUGUCUUUCCCAUAAUGUACAGUCAGUGAAGAUGAAUUCAAAUUUAAACCAAAUAAAUCAAAUCUCAAAUCUCAAUCUCAGAGAUUCACGGAGAUUUGAAUGAAGAGAUUCUCAGAAAUGCAAUUUUGCACUUAUUUUUCUCAUGAUGUGUCCUGUAGCAACAGAAAAUUGCUGUAUGAACAUGUAGACAACAAGAAAAACAAGAUUUUUAUCAGAGUGGGUCUUUUCAGCGGGUCUGUUUCUAAUUCUAAUUCAACUUUAUUUAUACGACACUUUUCAGACAAAAAAAUGCAAUUCAAAGUUCCUCACAGAGGCUAAAAAUAACAGUUAACAACAUUAAAGCACGACCCACCCAUGGACCCACACAGACACACACACAAGACCACACAAAAUGAGAAUUUAAGAUAUAUUGUUAAAGAGGCAUGGCCUGACACCGAGACUUUACUUGAGGAAAGAGCGACCUUUAGGAAAAACUGGAGAUAAAAAUAAAAAUGGUAAAAAGAGUAAAACCUGAUGGACUAAAACAGGAAAAUAAUAUUAAAUGAACAGUAAGAGAAUAAGUAAGAGCUCUUUAACAUAUAAAAGGGGUAAAAGAAGUAAAAACCUCAAAGGCAGGAAUUAAGAAAAAGGCUAAACAAAGAGAUAAUUAAUAAAAUGACAUAAAAUAAACAUUAAGAACUUUGAUUAAAAUGAACAUUUGCAAUAAGAGAAAUAUGAAAAGGCAGUUAAAAUUGAGAUGAUCUUUUGUUGAGCAGUGGUUGAAAAUGAUUAAAAUGGUCAUAUAUAAAACCCAUCAGGUCAAACCGUGACAGAACAUUGUGCUCAUGUAAAUUCACCGUCUUGUGGAGGAAGCUGCUCUUGUGAACAACAAACUUUAAAGCGAGUGAGCGAGAGUAAAAUAUGAAUUCACCCCUGCACUGUGUGUUAUACUGACAAACAGUGAGGUUCCCCCAUAAACAUGCAAUUAGAGCAGAACCAAGCAGACGUGAACCAGGAGCGCUGUAACAAAACCUGUAAACAACGACCGCCUGGUGCAGGUUCAGGUCCUAAAGUCUGAUUUUAAAAACCUCCAUUCUUGGUUUGAACAGGAGGUCAAAGUCCUGGACCUGCUCUUAAAGGAAAGUCCUGUUCAAAGAGAUGAUAUCCCUGUAUUUCUGUUUUCAUGCACAUCCUUUAACGUGUUUCCAGAGUUUGGAUCAGUGAGUUUCUGCCGGAUCAAAUGAAGGUAUAGAUUUGCUUCUUUAAACUUUGCUGAAGGGCUGUUAAAAAACCCUCCAUGUUCCCGUCUAUCCUCUAUAUCCCGGUCAGAGGCCACUUUCCUUCCUCCUCUUUGCAACUUCCUCAGGAAACUUUUAACUUCUGCCAGCUCUCCUGCGGGAUUUCAGGGUUUAGGUUGACUCGACGCCAGGAGAGUAAGCACAGCUCUCUGCCUGUGAGGGUAAGACGACUGAAGGCUCAUAGCGGUGACCGCGCCACCUCGCACUCCUGCAGUACGUCUGACAGGAUACCUCGGGGAAAAGGGGGAUAAGCUGUUUCUAAAUCCACAAAAUACAUUUACACAGGAUUAUCAAAUCCCCGAACUCCUGUGUUAUCUGUGUGAGGGAAAACUGUUGGUCCACCGCUCUGUGGUCAGAAACAGAUUCAGCACAGCUCCUCCUGAGUCUGAAGAUCAACAGUCGAGUGUCGUUUUAUUUACCGCGCUGAAGUGAAAGGCCUCACUAAGGAGGCCGGAGGCAAAGGUGUGCGGCGAAAGAAGAGUGUUCAGACGGACUCCAAAAGGUGGAGAAGCUCAGAUUUGAUAGGAGAGUCUGCAUCACCCAAGUUUAUUUAUUUCUCCUAAACCAACACCACAACCUGACAGUCACAGUUGGUUUCUGACUUGAUUAUCCAGGAGUGCACAGGUGUAAAAAUACAACCUGUCCAACUCUGUUUGUUUACCGAAACCAACAUCUUCCAAAAAUUAGGCAUGCACUGUCAAAUCCUGUCGACCUCUUCUACCAGUCAUUUACAAUUAAAGAAAACUUCAUCAGAGAGUUCAUUUUACACUAAAACAUCUCAACUCUCUGGAAUAAGUGGAUAUAAGUGGACAAUAAGAUCCUCUUAAAGGUGGAGUCGGCAGGAUUCUGUUAAAGAAGCAUCUUUUUUUGUGGUGUAUAAACAAAAAAGCUUCUAUUAUCAGUCAAUAGUUAUUAGUUAUUGAUGACAUUUGGUAAUAUAUCGAUAUCUCUGUGUUCUCUUAUGUCUGUGUCGUCAAUAUUUGAACAUUUUUGAGCGGUCCGCUCUUUCUGACUGUAAACAAAGCCGUUCUCCACCUCCUCUAACCUGAUUGGUUGUGAGGCAGACGCUGCUCCCCCGUGUCGUUCAGGAGCCCAAACAAAGUUAGCGUGCUACAAUAUCGGACAGUAGAAACCAACCAGAAAGUUCGGAAAAUUGUCUGAAUCCUCCUUUGGCCACGACUGCCGACACAAGCAAGAAAACAAAGUAAAUACCGGAGACUCUGGAGGAAUAACGGGCGCUUAAAACGGAGGUAGACCGGACAAGAGCUAAAAAGCCGGGUCAACAUAAACGAUGGGGGACGCUUGGGGAUCUUGGUGACCCUGUAACCUUUCUGCUGGACAGGUAAACCGCUUUAACAAAGUAAGACAAGUGUCUGUAACAGAAGUGUUUCUUGUCAAACGGACCUGCUGUAGCGUGUUGUAGCUCCAUCGCUAAACUGUCCUCCCUCGGGUCCUGGACUAUGUCACUUUAUCCUCGUUGUAGAAGUCCUGCAAACAUUGUGUUUGCUGGUAGUCUGUUGGCAUCUACAGUAGCACCAAUGCUUUUGACUUUCACCUUGACUGGGCCCCAUUUGUAAUGAUCUGAAGUAUUUAAUUGGAACGAUACGAGCGAGCAGGAGCGUCUGUUUGUGGGCGGGGCUUACUGAAAACUACAGUGUAUUUAGAUUUAAUCCAGCAGCUCAUAUCUCUCUGACACUUUGAUCACAGCUCUGGUGAACCAACAUACUGUCGUUGCAUUGCUGUUUAAGUUUGAUGUCUGGCUAAUUAAGGCCAAACUCGUUAACUCUCAGCUUCUCCUGCAAAGAUCUCCUCAUAACAAGUUUACUUUUCUUUCUGUAUUUUGUUAGCGUCUCUCUCUCUGACUCCAGCCUCAAACUUUCCUCAGGUUCAUCACCUCAAACUUAAAAGAUUUACCACAAUGCUGCAUGAAGAGGGACAUAACGCUUUUGGUGCCACCUGCUGGCUUGUGGUGUGUGAUGUAGUUUGGGUGUAGUUAUUUACUUCCUCUUGGAGGGGAGCAUAAGGAGAGGCAUUGCAGGCUUUGGGAGACAAAUAAUCAGACCCCAGACUAGACUUACCUGGUCGAUCACAUAUUUAUCAAAUAUUAAUGUCGGUACGAAGAAUCUCCUGACGUAGUUUUCCGAGCAGAUGUCUCGUGUGUUUGGAGACACGUUUCUUAGUGUUGUAGAGAAAGCAGAUGAACACAUUUCUCUCUCUCUCUCUGUUUCUACUUUGUGUACAUUUGGAGGUACAGCAAUGACAACUCCCAUGUGCUUCUUCUCCAUCUGCUAUCUUUCUGUCUGCUAAACCCAGGAAGUCUGUCUGUGUGUUUCCCUGCAGCAGGAACAUGGUUGGGAUCAGCUGACGGAUCGGUAAAUGAUGUAACCAUCCUAACGAGGGUCCCCUGAAUGUAACUCACUGAAUGUUGGCGGUUUGAUGUCGGGGUGUUGCAGAAAGCUGUGCUGAGCUGCACUUUCAGAAAGUGAAGAAUCCACGUAGCUUUUGUGUGGAUGAUGUCGAACUUAACAAAAGAGGAACACAAUUUAAGAGCUUUUCAAUCCAGAGGAGAGCGUCUUUACCAACUUACCCCCAUUAGUUUGACUGGUGACACUUUAAAGACGAGAAGAAGGUGACGUAACUUUUUAACUCCAUCUGUAAUCGUCUGUAUGGAGGUUUUUAUGGAUUUGAUAUUAGUGAUGAUGUUGGUAAAAAUAAGAGAAGAAAAACAGCAGAAAAGAAGAAGAAGAGGUUGAAGACAAACACAAGAGAAGAAGAUGUUUAAAGUAAACCCCAAACAGAGCAGUGGACGGGGCACAGGGGGAACCCUGUUUUUAUUCUCUGAAAACUCGAUUCUCGAUUUUUUAUUCAGUGACGACUUCACCAAACUUCACUUUAAUAACAAAAAGUUUUUCUAUCAUCUCUCAAAACGAAACCACUGAAAACGAUGUAGUUCAUAUGCCAAGCCAGUAAGUGGCGCUGUAACGCAAAAGAAGAGUACAGAGCAUGUGUAUAAAGGUUGUUUUGGCGCCAUAAAAGAGUUCCUCUGUGUGUCACAUGAUCGUUUCCACAGAUGCAGAUAGACAUCCACACGGAGAUGAAAUGGUCGUCGUUUACAGAUUUAUUCACUCUCUGACCCGUUUUCAAAAAGUACCGUUUACAGUCACCUGAAACGCCGAUACGACAAAAAACUUUAGCGUUUCCUCCUGAAUUAGUUUCCAUGGUGACGGGUUGAUACCACCUUCAGACAGACUUUACAGCGGGGAGUGGUUUACUCUUCAUCUGAAACUGUGAAGUCGUACCAAUUCAACACGACUGACUCGCUCUUGUCCUAUUUAACCACGAAAUUAUCGCCUUCUUUAGUAAACGCCAUGUUUGUUUACACUGGUGUGUGAGGGAGGAGGAGCCUACAGUGGCCUGGAGGGGCGAAACAUGAUAGAGAGAAAAAUGGAUUUGAUGAUUUAAACAUCGUUGUAAUCAAAUAAUCCGAUUAUGAUUUAAAAUCGAUUAAUUGUGCAGCCCUAAUUCAAAGAUCUAAAACUGGAGGGUAAAUGUCACAGAGUGACAGUGAGUGGGAUUCAUGUGGUCGUGUUUACCUGCUUUACUUCACCAUCAGUGGAAAUAUUUAGAUUAACGUAAAAACAACUAAAUUAGGAGGGCGACAGAGCUGACAUGGACUCAGCUCAAAAGAUCAUUUUUAAAUCAUUAAAACUAUGAAAUGAUCAUUUAUCUGACCGUCACAGCGUAAGAAGCAGGAUUACAUGAACAGGAUACAUAUAUAUAUGAGCUCGGCUGUUAAAGUGCAGGAUCGCCCUCAGAGUGAGAAGAAACCGGACAGUAAGGAGAGUCGUCUGCUCACUGACAGGGUCAUCAACACCGAAUGAGAAUUUCUCACAGCAGCUCGGAGGUCGAGGAGUUUUAAGUGAGAUCAAACAUUUACUGACAUGAGACUAAACAAGAACAAGAUAUGUCAAGUCGUUUGCGACCCCCACCGUGGUGUCGCUGUCUUAAGGGAGUGCUGAUGCUGUGGGGUACAAAGCGUCUCCUCUUUAUGAGGUCGACGCUGGUGGUGCCGCUGCCGCCGCUGAGAGGUUGGAGAGCGGCGCUGAAGAUCUAAACGGAUGCGACGGGGAGCAGGACUUCUGA